AUGAAGUUUGAGACUCGUACCACCCAACAGGCCGCCUCGGCUACAUCCUCAUCUCAUCCUCGCCAACCUCCUAGACCCAGCCUCAACCGCGAGAACGCGAGCCUCGAGUCUUGCACCUCGCCCGCCCCAAACUAUCCGCACAAGACCCGCGCCCGCGCCGGCAACAUCAUUAUCGCCUGCCCAUGCCGGGAUGCAACGGUAAGCCGUACCAUGAACAGCAGCAGCAGCAGCAGCAAGAAUAAUGACGAUCAAGAAGAUACCAACGUCGUCGUGACAUGUUCCACUGCCGCGGGCUACAUGGCUGCUGCCGCCGCCGCCACCGCCGCCGCCGCCACGCAGGAGCAAGUAUCAGAGGGUAGCAAGCAACUGGUCGACGACGACAAUGACGAAAAGGGCCACGAUGCUGAUGACGAAUGGGCCGACGAGUCGUUUGAUUCUGAUGCUGUACCUAUCCGACUUGGUUCGCGGCUGCGGGCAGGUAGUUGGAGGGGUGAUAACUUUGUACGUCCUUGA